UUUAACCUCACUUUAUUGACAACUAUUCAAGGUGGCCUUUAAAUGAGAAAGAAAUCAAUUAAUUAUUAAAAGAAUAGCAAAUUCUCGAAAUGACACAAGUUUAUAAUGAGCCACUUUUAUGUCUUCUUUAAUGGAAAUAAUAUAUUCACAAUUAGACUGAUACGGAAGCAGUAUUGUGAAAAAAAAGGAUGUCCGAUAGCGUGGAACUCCAACAAUUAGUUGCUGAGGAUGAAAACGAUCAACCUGAUAUUGAGAAAAAUAAAUGGACUUUAAGUAAUUUUCAGUGCCCUUAUCUGGGGUUGAUAUUGGCAACGCUAAGUUCUCUCUUUUUUUCAUUAUGCUCUGUAAUAGUUAAAUUUACAACUGAUAUAGACCCAAUGGCUCUUGCCGCAUAUAGAUAUUUGGGUGUGUUAUUACCAGCUAUUCCUAUUGUGAUAUAUCGUCAGGAGGAAAUAUUGCCUAAAGGGAAAAGAAUUAUACUCUUUUUGCGAUCUUUUACAGGAACGGCAGCUUUGAUGUUGAGCUUUUAUGCUUUCCGCCACAUGCCUUUAGCUGACGCAUCCGUGAUAGUAUUUUCUGUGCCAGUAUUCACAGCAAUUUUUGCUAAAAUGUUUCUUAAAGAACCUUGUGGAAUAUUCAAUAUAUUUUCUGUGAUUUUGACAUUAAUUGGUGUUGUCCUUAUAACACGACCUACUUCACUUUUUGGGAGUACUGUUGAAUCGUUGGGAAAUUCAAAUGAAAAGACGGAUAUCUGGGUUGGAGUAGCAGCGUUUUCCGCUACUUUAUUUGGUGCGAAUGCUUAUGUUUUAUUGCGAGCCUUGAAAUCAAUACAUUUUUCAGUUAUCAUGACAAAUUUUGGCUCAUUUGCUUUAGUCCAAUGUUUGAUGGUAAGCUAUUUUAUUGGCGCCCUGUGUUUGCCACCUUGUGGAUCCGAUAGAUAUCUUAUUGUUGCUCUAGCUGUCUUUAGUUUUCUUGGACAAAUUUUACUGACCAUAGCAUUACAAUUGGAGCAGGCUGGCCCAGUAGCCAUAGCAAGAAGCAGUGAUAUUGUAUUUGCUUUCAUAUGGCAAGUUAUGUUUUUCAAUGAGAUUCCCAACAUGUUUUCAAUCGGAGGGGCCAUUUUAGUUAUGAGUUCUGUUGUUUUAACGGGUUUAAGAAAGUGGAUACUUGCUUUACCUCAUGAUGCUAGUCUUCGAAAGAAACUUAAUGUAUUAACAAAAUGAGAACGUAUUACGUUCUAUUUUUGAUCAAAUUUAUUUUUAACUUUGUUUUAAUUAUUCUUCGAUUCAGUUCUCUUUCAUUUUCGUUUUUGAAUACUUCCAAUAGCUUAGCAGUUUUAUUAUUUUUUCAGGGUAAUUAAAUAUUCUAGUCACUUGUGUAUUGUGGACUGUUUCUAAUGUAAGUGAAACUAUUCUUAAAAUGUCUUAACUCUGUUUGCAAAUAGGAAAAAUAAUACCAAAUAUGAUAUGUAGAAAUAGUAAAACUUCUUUUUAGUUUAUGGGCAGAAAAAAAUGUUUUUUCUAGUGUUAUAGCAUUUUUUGAACUCGUACAUAUCAUGUAUGUACUUACUAUUCUGAGAAUGGAAAUAUGGGCAAUUCUUAUUAGUUUUAUUAUUACUCAUUUAAAGGUAUGAUCAAAUCAGUCUGUGCUUUGUUGAUAGAUGGGGCUCUUGAUAUGUUAGAAGAAGGGGUAUUACACAGACUUCCUUUUUUGCUAAAUGAAAAUAUGCAAUUGCUGUUCUAGUCAACCCAAUAUUUAUAGGUUUAUAUUUUUUGUUAAAGUUUUUCAGAACUGAUAUUCAGUUUUAUGAGAUAACCUAUUGUGUAUGAUUAAGUUGGAUCUCUGUUUUCUAGUCAUUUUAUCAUUGUAAGUUGAAAUUUAGUCUAGUCAUCUGUACCUAGUAUAUAAUUUAUAAGGAAACAUUUUUAUUUUCAGUGAAUAAAGAGGUUUAUAGCAAACAA